UCUGAUGGAGAGACAUUGUAAAUUUCUUUAACGCCCAAGUAUGUUAAAAGAGGUCACCACGGAUAGACUUUAUACGCACGUGAUAUGUGAGAAUAUGAAGUCUUUCGUCAAUAUUUUAAGAGAACAGCAAGACACUGCUUUUCCGAGGUUGUCAGAUUCCACUUGGAAGAGGGAGGAAUUGUUGCGGGCGCUUCUGGUGGGCUUCGCUGUGUGGCUGCUUCGUGUAUGGCUACAAAAGUUUGUUUUCUCCAAAGGUUUUCAAAAAUACAGUGUGCGGUUGCGACGAAAGUUGAGUGAGAAUUUAUAUUACUCUAUAGCAUACUGUUUAUCUUUUGCUUGCGGUCUGAUAACCUUGACACUAGAGGACUGGCGGGUGGAUUUGCGUGGUCCUUUGCUUGUGGAAUUAUGGUCACCUUAUCCCCCUCCACUUUCAACUUUUUUUCGAAGCUAUUAUGUUGUAGAACUUGGUUAUUAUUUGGGUAGUCUAGUAUUUUUGUUGUUUUCAGACACAAAGCACUCUGAUUUUCUCGAAUUCUGUAUUCAUCACGUGGCAACUAUUCUUUUGAUAUAUAUAAGUUAUAGUUUUCGCUAUGUGCGAAUUGGUUUAGUCAUCUUGGUGCUCCAUGAUGCCAGUGAUAUUCUCUUGUAUAGUACAAAGUGCGUUUACUAUAUCGGUUUCCGGCCAUUAGAUAGUAUUAUGUUUACAGCAUUUGCUGUUAUUUUUUAUUUUACAAGGUUGUUUAUUUUUCCGAGAAUCAUUUGGGGUGUUGCCGUAGAUAUUAUUCGUCUGAUUCUGCGUAAUCAUUCUUUCAGUGGGUUUGCAAGCAACUGGCCUGUUCAUUUUUCUCAUUACUUCAUUUGUUUGUUUGCCUUAUCAACAUUAGAACUUCUUCACUGCUUUUGGUUCUCUCUCAUACUUAAGAUGAUAGGUCGUGUUAUUUUUGCCUCAUUUGAAAAGUUGAGAGAAGAAGGAGAUAUUCGAAGUGAUGAUGAAGACUCUGAACAAUGAGGACAGAGUACUUUGUUUGUUAGCUGCUUGAGUACAAUGGAAUAUUUUUUGACUGGUAAAUUCCGUAACCUUGAAGGAGAACCUUACUUAAGAGAUACGGAAUUCUUAUAUUGAGUUCUUUGUAGAUUGAUAGUUGGUGUAGGGGAGUGUUCUUCUUGAACCUUUUUUUGUAUAUUUUAAAUACAACAGGGUUACUACCGCGACUGAAAAUAUCAAUAAAGGUUCCAGCUUGUCAUUCAAGGUUUGGUUUCAGUUCACUU